AUGUUCUACGUCUUUCUGUACACAUUCCAGCAUACUGAGAUUCAGGAAUUUCGCACCGUUUCUGUAAGUUCCGGGGGACAAAAUCAAAACGAAUAUGAACGCGAUAUCACUCGGAAUGGCCAGACCGGGGAGCUCGAAGCGAAACAGCACUUACAGUCGAAUGCGGGUUCAGCGCCAUCAGCAAAUCCAGAUUUACUUGGCUUGGUUAUAAUGUGA